AUGGCCUCCCCCCCAGCUGAUAUCAAGCGGGACGAAACCUACGACAAUCGCGUCGAAGAUAUUGCGGAGAAGACCUCUCAUUCGUCUGGGGAGGUUGACUCGCAAGAUGUCGAGCUCGACGAAUCAGAGUCCGCCCGAGUCCUUCGAAAGGUGGACAUGAGGCUGGUACCAAUAUUGUCAUUGCUCUACUUGGUCGCCUUCAUCGAUCGCAGCAAUAUCGGCAAUGCAAAAAUCGCGGGCAUGACGACGGACCUAAACAUGCCCUCCAACACGCUGCAAUACAACACAGCUGUGACCAUCUUUUUCAUCCCGUACACACUACUGGAAGUUCCAAGUAAUAUCAUCUUGAAGAAGAUGAAGCCUUCGCACUGGAUGGCCAUUUUGAUGUUCAGCUGGGGAACAGUAAUGACUUUGAUGGGUAUUGUCAGCAGCUACGGCGGACUGCUUGCUGGUCGAUUCUUUCUCGGUGUAACUGAGGCUGGCUUCUUCCCAGCAGCAACCUUUUUGCUCACCAUCUGGUACCGUCGAUUCGAGCUGCAACGUCGCAUGGCAGUUUUCUACGUCGCAGCAUCUCUCGCUGGUGCCUUUUCGGGUCUUUUGGCAUACGGUAUCCAGCAGCUUGACGGACGCUCAGGAUUGGGUGGAUGGCAAUGGAUUUUCAUCAUCGAAGGGCUCAUCCCUGUUGCACUCAGUCUAUUCAUCUGGAAGAUUCUCCCCGAUAGCCCAGAGACUGCGGCAUUCUUAACACAACCAGAGCGCGACUUGCUUGUUCGAAGGCUCGCGAACGAUACGUCAUCGGGCGCCGGACGUACGACUAACAAUGACAAGAUUGGCUCCAAACACAUCAUCGCCGGACUGACUGACUGGAAGAUCUGGGCUGCGACCGUGAUUUUCUGGGGCAACACUGUCGGUGUUUACGGGUUUACGGCCACGGUGCCUACCGUUAUCAACGGUCUCGGAUACUCGAGUGCCAACGCACAACUGCUCACGAUUCCAAUCUACGUCUUCGCGGCUAUCGUCACGCUCAUCUGGGCAUGGGGCUCUGACUUGAGCCAAAUUCGAUCUCCCUGGAUCAUUGCCGGCUACGCGAUCGCUAUCUGCGGUUUCAUCGCUCAACUGGCAAUCCCCCAUCCUCGAUACCCGGGUCUGACAUAUGGCAUGCUCUUCCCCGUGGCCGCAGGUCUUUACUGUCCGUUCACGUGUCUCGUGUCAUGGGUUGGCAACUCACUUGCCCCGAGUUCAAAGCGCGCAAUCGGCAUGGCCUUGUUGAUCUCGGUCGGAAACAUGGGAGGUAUCAUGGGUUCGAACAUCUACCUGUCAAGAGAGGCGCCGAAGUAUACCACUGGAUUUGCAGCGAGUCUGGCCAUGUGCUGUGCUGCUAUCCUGAUGACACUAGUGCUGCGAUGGGCGUAUGCGCGCGAGAACAAGAAGAAGGACGACAUGCUUGCGGAGCUCGGCGAGGAGGCCAUUCGCGCCAAGUACAGCGAGGACGAGCUGAUGCACAUGGGCGACAAGUCUCCGUUCUUUAGAUACACGCUAUAG